AUGGUUCAAGGAAAGCUGAAGCAAAAGACCGUUCUUCCAAAGGGUGUCAAACAGAAGGUCAAGAAAGCCAAGAAAGAGGGACCAAAGAAGGGAAAGUUCUUACAUAUUGCUCCAAAGAAGGCACAUAUCAUUGAAGCGGAAAAAGUUUCUGCCCACGUCACAAAGAUCAUUAACGACAAGAACGAAGAGAUGGUGAAGGGACGUGCCGAUACCGCUGUUGGUAAAAACAAAAAAUAA